AUGUCCGCCGCCGGCCAAGGUCGUCUGUCGCGGUCGGCGUCGAGCAUCGUGGCCAGGCCGGUGAACGGUUUCCAUCUGCUCCGCAUCGACGGCUACUCGCACACUAAGACGGUCCUCCCCGGCCAGAAGCUAUCGUCCCAACAGUUCACCGUCGGCGGCAACUCGUGGCAACUCGACUACUACCCUAACGGCCGCGACGCCGCCGCGAAACCCAACGCCAUCUCCGUCUACCUCCAGCUCGUCAACCAUACCCAUCAGCACCUCCAUGUCCAGGCCCGGUACAAGUUCAGCCUGCUGGACCACGACGGCGUCCCCGCGUACGAACUCCCCUUCGAGACAGGCUCCUUCACCAGCGUCCCACCCCAGUACCACAACGGCGUGAUGGUCAACGAGGAACAAGCAGGGACAGUGUGCGGCCACGAGGAGUUCAUCGGGUGGGAGGAUCUGGAGACGCGCGAGCUUCUGAUCCGCGACGACAGCAUCGUGAUCCGCUGCGACGUGGGCGUCACGCAGAUUGUCGAAUCGUGGCUGGCGCAUGAACAUCUGGACGACGCGGAAGAUGACGAGUAUUCGGAGGAGGACGGGUACGGAGCAACUCUCUAUCCAGGCCGCCGCCAUUGCUUUGUUUGCACGCCUCACCUCUCGCCCGACAUCGGGCCUCAUCCGUCGUUCGCAGCCAAGGUUUUGGCUACAUGA